GGGGGACGGGAUUCCUUUGAACUUUGUGGGUGGUUGAUGCCUGUCAGUUCGGUUUGGCGGCCUGACUCUUCCUUUAAUGUGAGUUAGUGCCCUACUCGUGGGCUGCCCUGGUGCCCUAUUUUUUACUGCGUCCAGUCGGUCUUGAACCCUCGGGCCUGGGCUUUGGCUUAAUAUUCGAGACUUACACAUCAACUGGAUGUUCCAGUCUGGACACUACACUGGGUGUUAGUUCUUUGUAGUAGUUAGGAGUGCAUGGUGGAGGUUGAAACCGUGAAUUUAAAACUCUCCUCUUCCACCCCCUUAAAGUGGAAUAACAACAGUAUUUCUGAAGAGUGGGGGGGGGACGUAGGGGGGGAAAUGAGAUCAUUCCUAUCAAGUGCCUGAAGUAUAGUGGCGGGUACUGGAGAACAGUUCUCAAUGAAUGUUAACUGCGCCUUCUGUGUUCUUUUUUCCUGGGGUCAUUUGUUGAGAUUCAUUGUUUACAGAGUGCUCGGUAUUAGGCAGAUCUCUUUUGGGAGUUAGGGACCUUUUUUAAGACGCUAGUCCUGCACAGCAUGAAUCAGAUCAUAUUCCUGGAGAGCAUUCCAGGGUCCCUGGUUAAGCACCCUAGCUUGGCACUACCACUAGAGCCUGAGUCUAGAAAUUGUCUCCUGAGUUAAAGGGCAUUUCUGGCCAAGGAAUCGAAGAGUUCCUCAGAAAACUUAAAAGUGGCAAUUUGAGAACAAGGAGAAUUUUUAGAGGAUCCUUAAACUGAUCAUAUUUGUAACUGGCAUCUGUACUGUAUAGACAAAGUAUUGAGUGGCAGAUUUCAGGUGGCUUUCAGAGUUCUGAUUUGUGUUCACUUACACUUUUGGGUCUCACAUUUAUACAUUCUGCUUCUAAUUCCAGUUUCUACUUCAUUUUUCAAAAGCCCUACACAGAUUUCCAAUAACUUUUCCUUGAUGCUGACUUCCCACAGAGAGAGUUCUUUCCUGUGGACAGGCAGCGGAGUUUGCAUGGAGAUGGCCUGUGUAGUUAAACACGAUGAUGAACGCGUUAAUUUCCCUCAAAGAAAGAAAAAAGGCCGGGGUCCCUUCCGGUGGAAAUAUGGUGAAGGAAACCGUAGGUCUGGAAGAGGCGGUUCUGGUAUUCGGUCUUCCCGCCUGGAGGAAGAUGAUGGAGAUGUGGCAAUGAGUGAUGCCCAGGAUGGUCCCCGAGUACGAUACAACCCCUAUACCACCCGACCUAACCGUCGGGGUGAUACUUGGCAUGAUCGAGAUCGCAUUCAUGUUACUGUGCGGAGAGACAGAGCUCCUCCAGAGAGAGGAGGGGCUGGCACCAGCCAGGAUGGGACCUCAAAGAACUGGUUCAAGAUUACAAUUCCUUAUGGCAGAAAGUAUGACAAGGCAUGGCUCCUGAGCAUGAUUCAGAGCAAGUGCAGUGUGCCCUUCACCCCUAUUGAGUUUCACUAUGAGAAUACACGGGCCCAGUUCUUCGUUGAGGACGCCAGCACUGCCUCUGCAUUGAAGGCUGUCAACUAUAAGAUUUUGGAUCGGGAGAACCGAAGGAUAUCUAUUAUCAUCAACUCUUCUGCUCCGCCCCACACUAUACUGAAUGAACUGAAGCCAGAACAAGUAGAACAGCUAAAGCUGAUCAUGAGCAAACGAUACGAUGGCUCCCAGCAAGCCCUUGACCUCAAGGGCCUCCGUUCAGACCCAGAUUUGGUGGCCCAGAACAUUGACGUUGUCCUGAAUCGCAGAAGCUGUAUGGCAGCUACCCUGAGGAUCAUUGAAGAGAACAUCCCUGAGCUAUUGUCCUUGAACUUGAGCAACAACAGGCUAUACAGGCUGGAUGACAUGUCUAGCAUUGUUCAGAAGGCGCCCAACCUGAAGAUCCUAAACCUUUCUGGAAAUGAAUUGAAGUCUGAGCGGGAGUUGGACAAGAUAAAGGGGCUGAAACUAGAAGAGCUCUGGCUCGACGGAAACUCCUUGUGUGACACCUUCCGAGACCAGUCCACCUACAUCAGCGCCAUUCGCGAACGAUUUCCCAAGUUAUUACGCCUGGAUGGCCAUGAGCUACCCCCGCCAAUUGCCUUUGAUGUUGAAGCCCCCACGACGUUACCGCCCUGCAAGGGAAGCUAUUUUGGAACAGAAAACUUGAAGAGUCUGGUCCUGCACUUCCUACAACAGUACUAUGCAAUUUAUGACUCUGGAGACCGGCAAGGGCUCCUGGAUGCCUACCAUGAUGGGGCCUGCUGUUCCCUGAGCAUUCCUUUCAUUCCUCAGAACCCUGCCCGAAGCAGCUUGGCUGAGUAUUUCAAGGAUAGCAGAAAUGUGAAGAAGCUUAAAGACCCUACCUUGCGGUUCCGGCUGCUGAAGCACACGCGUCUCAACGUUGUUGCCUUCCUCAACGAGUUGCCCAAAACCCAGCAUGACGUCAAUUCCUUCGUGGUAGACAUAAGCGCCCAGACAAGUACACUGCUGUGUUUUUCUGUCAAUGGAGUCUUCAAGGAAGUGGAUGGAAAGUCCCGGGAUUCUUUGCGAGCCUUCACGCGGACGUUCAUUGCUGUUCCUGCUAGCAAUUCAGGGCUAUGUAUUGUAAACGACGAGCUAUUUGUGCGGAAUGCCAGUUCUGAAGAGAUCCAAAGAGCCUUCGCUAUGCCUGCACCCACGCCUUCCUCCAGCCCAGUGCCCACCCUCUCUCCAGAGCAGCAGGAAAUGUUGCAGGCAUUCUCUACCCAGUCUGGCAUGAACCUCGAGUGGUCCCAGAAGUGCCUUCAGGACAACAACUGGGACUACACCAGAUCUGCCCAGGCCUUCACUCAUCUCAAGGCCAAGGGCGAGAUCCCAGAAGUGGCAUUCAUGAAGUGAUUGUAGUCAUGCCCCAGAAGCAGCCUCCCCUGUAAAUAGUCCUUGGAUAUUACCGUCUGGUUGUCGUCUGUCAUCUCCUCCUGUCUGGCCCUAGGCCGCCCCGUGACUGUGACCGAGGGAGGGAGGGCUGCCUGAUCCCUCUCCUCGCCUGCCCUGGAAGCCUUCAGAAGAUUGAGCCUCACUGAUGCCCGGAAGCCAAAGCUUACUUUGUAGAACUGACACUAAACUACCCGAAGGAUUUAGGUGCUUUGUGUACUUAACCCCAGGACCUCCUUACUUUUUAAUAUAAAGAGUGAUGUUGUAUUUUG